AUGACGGAUGAAUCCAAGAGGCUUCUCAAGGAACAUUGUAGUUCCUUCUCUCCCAUCCUUUUGGGUCUUCUUGAGCCUAAAAAGGCCUUUCAUAAAGUUCAGCAUUCCUUCUGGACUUCUCUUAAUCUUAUUCCGAUUCAUCAAAACUGUCGUGGACACAGAUGCUCCAAUAUUUGGGUCCUUUCUCACCCCUCGGUGGUUUCAAAUACGGUUUAUUCUUCUGACCAUGUGGUGGUGGUCGAUUGCUUUUGGCAAUCAAUGAAUUUCAGGGUUGCUUUCGUUCAUGGUGCGAAUGAUCAAAUUUCUCGGCGUUCGCUUUGGCAGGAUCUUCUCAGAUUUGUCUCGGGAAACACUGUUUUUAUUGGUGACUUCAAUGCCGUCAAGGGAGCUCAUGAGCGCAUUAGUGCGGUGGCCCCACAUCGUGGCUCCUGUGUGGAUUUCUGUUCGUUUAUUGAUGAUACUCAGUUCAUCGAGUCUCCGACUGAUGGACUCCGUUUUACUUGGUCGGGUCGUCGUUUUUUACCUCAUCAUGUGGAAUCGAUGUUAGACAGAGCUAUGUUUUCUCAAGGUUUUGCGAAUUUCUGGGAUUCGAUUACCACCACUGCUCUUCCCCGUCUCUCUUCUGACCACUCUCCUUUGGUCAUGCAAUGCCGCCGUGCUACGCCUUCUGGUAAGCGGCAGUUCCGUUUUCUCAAUAUGUGGGUGACGCACUCCUCCUUUGGCGAGAUGGUCGGCGCUUCUUGGAUGAGGACUGUUGAUGCACUCUGCCCUAUUGUGCGUGUUAUGCUGAAGCUCAAAAGACUUCGGGAGGAUCUUAGGAUAUGGAACAGGGAGGUUUUUGGGAAUGUCGACAUUGCUUUGAGACAAUGGCAACAACAGCUGAUGGCCACGCAAAAACAAAUUGCUGACACCGGUUACACAGAUGAUUUGUUUAAUGAAGAGGUGCACCUUCAAGCAGAACUCAACGUGGCACUUUCAAGAAAAAGCAGCCUGUUACAGCAAAAAAGUCGCGCGAGUUGGCUAACGGAUGGUGAUAGAAACACCGCUUUCUUUCACAGGCUCACUAAGUUUAAACAGCGGAAUAAUUCUUUCACGAGAAUGAACAUUAAUGGUACUGAUGUUUACGAUCCUGGUCUUAUCGAACAACAUAUUGUUAGCUAUUUUUCUGAGCUUUUUAUGGACGACGGGGGGGUGUUAGCUGAUCAGUUAGAAAUUGAUGCUCUUAUUCAGCCGUCUAUUUCUGAAAAUCAGAACACCAUGCUCAUCCGGAUUCCUGAUGAUGGGGAGAUUGCUGCGGCGGUUUUUAGUCUGGACGCCAACAGCGCGCCAGGCCCGGAUGGCUUCUCUGGCAUGUUCUUCCACACGUGUUGGUCGACGAUUAAAGAUGAUAUCAUUAUGGCGGUUCAAAGAUUCUUCACCCACUCUUAUUUGCCUAGUGGUUGCAAUGCUAGCACCAUGAUUCUCAUCCCCAAAAAAGAGGUCGUUUCCACGGUGGCGGACCUUCGCCCCAUUAUUCUCUCAAAUUUUCUCUUUAAGAUUAUUUCCAAGGUGCUUGCCUCAAGACUUAGUGUUCUGGCUAAUUCUCAUGUCGCACCUAACCAAUUUGGUUUUAUCAGUGGGCGAAACAUCCAUGAUUGUAUUAUGCUUAGUUCGGAAGGUUUCAAUUGUAUGCAACGCACUAACCGGGGCAUCAAUAUGGCAUGCAAAAUUGAUAUUAGGAAUGCCUUUGAUACUUUGCGAUGGGGAUUCAUUUUCCAGGUUCUUAGAGCGAAUGGUUAUCAUGAGAAUUUUAUCCAUUGGAUUUCUAUUAUUUUCAGCUCUGCUAGACUUUCCAUCCUCUACAAUGGUCGUCUUACUGGAUAUUUUGCUUGUUCCCGUGGAGUUAGACAAGGAGACCCCCUGUCUCCUAUUUUAUUUGGGAUAGCUGAAGAUGUGCUGAGCAGUUUAAUUAGUAGUUGUGUUGAUUCUCGGCAUCUCACGCCUAUGAGUUUCUCGAGGUUCUCGAAUUUCCCCACCCAUCUUCUUUAUGCGGACGAUGUCAUCCUCUUUUGCCGGGCCACGAUUCGCAACGCCAAGAAAAUCCUUGAUAUUUUACAAUAUUAUGGUUCGAUUUCUGGGCAACUUUGUAGUCAGGAGAAAUCCAAUCUCUUUUUCUCUCGACAUGUCAGCACUGACAGAAGACGUGCUAUUCAUAGGAUUCUUGGCUUCUCCGUGGGAUCUCUUCCUAUGACUUAUUUGGGAGUCCCUAUUUUUACUGGCCGUCCUCGUGCUUCAUAUUUUAUACAGAUUUUUGAUAAGAUAGUACAGAAGUUUGCAAAGUGGAAAGGUCUUCAACUCUCCAUGGCUGGUCGUCUUUGUCUUGUGAAGUCGGUCAUCCAGAGCUCUAUUGUGCAUUCAAUGAUGGUCUACAAGUGGCCUAAAUCGCUUCUUCAUUCUUUGGAUAGAUACUGCAGAAACUUUGUAUGGACUGGUAAUAUUAAUCAGCGGGCCAGCUGUCCUGUUAGUUGGGGUCGCAGCUGCUCUCCUAAGUUAGAAGGUGGCUUGGGGAUUCGUUCUUUUACGAUUAUGAAUCAAUCCUUUUUUAUGAAGCUUGCUUGGAAAAUGAUUAAAGGCGAAGAUUGGGCUCACCAAAUCAUGCGGUCUAGAUAUCUUACCACCUUCAGUUAUGCCAAGGACCACAUUGUUAAUUCUUCUGUCUGGCUUGGUUUGAAAGAUGAGGUGAAUCAUCUGGUAGAUGAUUCCUACGCCUGCGUUGAUAGCGGUGAUUGCACUUACUUUUGGAGGGAUGAUUGGCUUGGGUACAAGCUCGUUGACAAGUUGAAGAUUCCUACUUACAUGCAUGAUUUUCUUAACUUCUCUGUUCAGGAUUACUUUUAUGACAAUACUUGGCAUUUUUCUACGGCUUUUGUGAAUAGUUUCCCGGAGGUGGUGGCUGAUAUCAUUCUUGUUCCCAUGAAUGGCGGAAAGGAUGCUCGUUUCUGGAAGCAUUCGGUCAGUGGUAAUGUGUCUACUGCGUUGGCCUUUGCACGCAAAGGGCAUAGAUUCCCGGAGGUCAAUUGGGGAAAAUGGAUCUGGGAACCUUUCAUCCCGGUGAGGCGUUCGAUUCUUUGCUGGAGAGUUAUUCAUGGGCGUCUUCCCACUCUUGAUAUUCUCAUUAGGCAAGGAAUGGUUAGACCUAAUGGGUGCGUUAUCUGCUAUGCUUGCGAUGAAUCCAUUUCCCAUGUUUUAUGGAGUUGCUCGAAAGUUAAGCCUAUUUGGAAGGAGUUCCUCUCGUGGUUUGACAAAGAUAUGCUUGAGGAUUGUUUGGAUAUUCACUCUUUUUUGGUCCAGGCUUGGACGACUAAGUUUAGCUCUCAACUCCUCUCUUUCUGGAAAGCUGGUGUUAUCACUAUGAUGUGGAAGAUUUGGGAUUCGAGAAAUUCCAUGAUCUUUGAUAAUGAGACUUUCGACCAUCGCCGGAUUUUAGCCUUCGUCAAGUCUUUCUUUAAGGAAAUGGAUCUCACUACGAAGAAUAUUGGCACUAUUAAUAACACAUGGCCGGAUUAUCUGAUUACUCGGGCCAUUGGUGCGCCAGAGCUCAUUGCUGCGGGUGGCGUUUUUAGGGACCACCAUGCGGCAGUUCGAGGUUGUUUUCACAUUAAAGGUGGCUCUGGUUUCGCUUUUGAAGCCGAGCUUCUUGAUGUCAUCACCGCUAUCAAUAUCGCUCACGACAGGAAUUGGUGUUAUUUGUGGAUCGAGGCUGAUUCCAUAGAGGGAAACCUUCCGGCGGAUAUCAUGGCUUGCAAUGACCGUGUUGAAGGUUGGUGGCCCUUUGCCAUUGAUAAUAUUAAAAUUGUGGUGGCAAGUGACAUGUUUACACAUAGUCAUUCAUUGGGUGCGCUCAAAACUGGGGUUCAAAUGGUCGGGCUCCGUUGGCAGCUCGGUGAUAAGAACCUUAUCUUGUCAACCUUGAGUUCUUGGGACAACAUGCUUUGGUCGUUGACGCGCUGGUCCUCGCUCUUUGCGGAGCUUUUUUCUGAUCUUUUGAUUUGCCGCUGGAUGUUGGCGCAGAUGCUUUUCUAUGCUGUUCUUCUGAUUGUGUUUGGCUACUGUUGGAGGACUGCUGGUUUGAUCACUACUUUCUAUCGAGCGCAUGGUGGGCGUCCGGUUUGGUCGGGAGGCAAGAGAACUUACUGUUGCGUUGAGUGCGAUGAUGAUUUCAGCCUGGCUGCGGUCUACACUUUUGCUCAGUUUGAAGGGUUAAGCCAAAGCUUAUGGCGGUGUUGCUGUUUGGUCGGGAGAUGGGGUGUGUGGAUGGCGGUGGAGGAUGUUUCGGUUGAUGGUUGCGAUUGGCUUGCUGCUGGCUUGAGCUUUUCGUCGAACAUCUGGCGAGCUUUCGCUGUGGCCGGGAUGAAAAGGGCCUACUGCUGUGCUGCGAGAGAGGGAGUCUUUUUCUUUGCUAUGAUCUUCAUGGGAGUUCAUCAAAAGAUUUGUGGUCAUCAUGGAGGAAGCUUUUCGUUUGUUGGGAAUGUUGUGAUCUGCGGGGUAAAACUGGCGACGGAGUAUAACCGGCCGAGUUUCUACCUUGUUGAUUGGCGCUUUGUUUCUAGUGGUUUUGGGAAGUUCACGGCGACGGUGUAUAACCGGCUUUGUCACAACUCAUCGGAGUCGACUAAAGGUGACUGCCUUGUUCCAGAGAAGCGGCGACUCAGCGACAUCGAACCAGAGAGAAAGAGGUGGUCGGAAACGAUCGUCUACCCAUCAGGUUUCCGAAAGAGAGUCGUCGAAGCUAUUCGUUGCGAAAACCACGAGAACAAGGAGAGGGGAUUCUCUAGUUUGUGA